AAUUUCUCCCCGGAGCGAGCGGCGAGCCAAUGGAGGGGCCUGGGGGGCGGGGCGCGCCGCUGGCUGAUUGAUCCCAGCUUUGGCGUUGUUCAGUCAGAGCGAGAACAUUCUAGAGAUUGUCCGGCACUGCUGUCCCUGCUGAUAACGCCCGCCUCAGGACGCCCGGACCCGGAGGCUGCGGCGUCCGCCUCCGCCUCCUCCUCCGGCUGGAUAUAAGCGCCCCCACGGCCUCGUUCUCCUCGCACACUCGGCUUCGUCGCAGCCCGGGGCGAGCAGCGUUGGGUUUAUGUCUUUAUUGGACGAAAACGAGCUGUUGCGCAGCCACUGGUACCUGUAUUGGGGAAACAUAGCAUACAAGCAAGAACCUUACAGCCUCAGUGGCGAAAACUUUUUCAUGUCAGAGACCGAGAACUCUUGCAGUCGUUUAUGUCAUCCCGUCUUCUCCAGACAGAAGAUACCAAAAAACUGCAAUCAAAGAUCUCUUCAUCUUAUUGAUAAAGCUACUAAUAAGGCAAAAUGUCUGUCAACGUCAACCGCAGUGUUUCAGAUCAGUUCUAUCGCUACAAAAUGCCCCGUCUGAUUGCCAAGGUUGAGGGCAAAGGAAAUGGAAUAAAGACGGUUAUAGUCAACAUGGUUGACGUUGCAAAGGCGCUUAAUCGGCCUCCAACGUAUCCUACCAAAUUUUUUGGUUGUGAGCUGGGAGCACAGACCCAGUUUGAUGUUAAGAAUGACCGUUACAUUGUCAAUGGAUCUCAUGAGGCGAAUAAGCUGCAAGACAUGUUGGAUGGAUUCAUUAAAAAAUUUGUUCUCUGUCCUGAGUGUGAGAAUCCUGAAACUGAUCUGCAUGUCAAUCCUAAGAAACAAACUAUAGGUAACUCUUGCAAAGCCUGUGGCUAUCGAGGCAUGCUUGACACAAACCAUAAACUCUGCACGUUCAUUCUCAAAAACCCACCUGAAAGUGGCGACACAAGUACAGGGAAGAAAGAAAAGGAGAAGAAGAAUAGAAAAGGCAAGGACAAAGAGAAUGGUUCUGUGUCCAGCAAUGAGACACCUCCACCCCCCCCACCAGAGGAGAUUACUCCUCCACAGGUUGUGGAGGAAGAAGAUGAUGAUGAUUGGGGUGAAGACACAACAGAAGAAGCCCAGAGGCGUAGAAUGGAUGAAAUCAGUGACCAUGCAAAGAACCUCACACUUAGUGAAGAUCUGGAAAGAACAGUGGAGGAGAGAGUCAACAUACUGUUUGAUUUUGUGAAGAAAAAGAAGGAAGAAGGUGUCAUUGAUUCUUCUGACAAAGACAUUGUAGCAGAAGCAGAGAGACUGGAUGUGAAGGCCAUGGGCCCUCUAGUUCUCACUGAAGUCCUUUUUGAUGAAAAAAUUCGUGAACAGAUAAGGAAAUACAGACGUCACUUCCUUCGUUUCUGCCACAAUAACAAGAAAGCUCAGAGGUACCUUCUCCAUGGCUUUGAGUGUGUGGUAGCCAUGCAUCAGUCUCAGCUUAUUUCUAAAAUACCACAUAUUUUGAAGGAAAUGUAUGAUGCAGAUCUUCUGGAAGAAGAAGUCAUCCUUGGCUGGGCAGAAAAGGCCUCAAAGAAAUAUGUUUCAAAGGAGCUUGCCAAAGAAAUCCGUGUCAAAGCAGAACCAUUUAUUAAAUGGCUAAAGGAAGCUGAAGAAGAAUCUUCCGGUAAUGAAGAAGAGGAUGAAGAUGAAAACAUAGAGGUGGUGUACUCUACAACUGCCAGUGUCCCUAAAGUUGAAACUGUGAAGCCUGCAAACAGUAAAGAUGAUGACAUUGAUAUUGAUGCCAUUUAAAGUGAUGCAACGUAGCUUCCAGCAUAAUCAAACUUCUCUGCGUUUUCUGCCAGAAGUGUGACUUGUAUGUGCGCAAGCUGAAAUGGCUUAACAUCCUGCUACUCUUUGUACUCUAAAAUGUAUCUUUUUACUGUGACUGGUCUUGUGUAACUAAGCCUAAUACCAAGGAGUCAGCACGUCGGUGAACGGCUCUAGUUUGCAAAUGGCAUGUUCUAUUUUGUUUUUCUAACUUGUGUUGGACACAUACUUGGAGCACAUUUAUACAGUUGUGGAAAUAAAGGAUUUGGUUUUGGUCAAUCUUCA